GGUUUAAUGGGCUAUGGAAUACAAUAAGUCCGUAAGUGUCCUCAGAAAGAUAGAAGUACAAUGCUGUGCAUUGCAAUGUGCAGAGUGUUGACAGGACCCACGAAAGAGGAGGGGCCUGGGGAACUUCCCCAGGUUUGUUCUCAUUGGUCACGACGGCCCUCCCUCCUUCAUUUUAAAAGCCUGCUUCCUUACCUGUUUAAAAGCUGAAGCUUCUCACCCACUUACCUUUAUGUUAACUGUUGAAAACUAAAAGAAACGAUCCAGGAACCUCUUUACGAAACUUGUGAAUUAACAGAGGUCGAGGAAGGAACACAUCACCGCUUUGUGAAUAGCUGAAAUCCUUAAAAGGAAACCCCCCCCCUCCUUUCUCCACCCCUUGCCACCGCUGCGUGCCACUAUGCCGGGAGCAGUGGAUCGAAUGGAGCUGAGUAAGGUCUCCCCCGAGGCGGAUGAAGACAGUACCGACAGCCUGGACGACCGCUACACAGAGCCCAUCGACUCUGAGAAGGGCGCCAUCGACAGUCAGUUUAUGGACGACAACGAGGACGCAGAAAGUCAGAAGUUCCUGUCAAAUGGGCUGAUGAAGAAGAAGAAAUAUGAGGAGUACCAUGAGGAAUAUCAUCCCGGCCACACCUCCUUCGGGAUGUCCGUGUUCAACUUGAGCAACGCCAUCAUGGGCAGCGGCAUCCUGGGCCUGUCCUACGCCAUGGCGAACACCGGCAUCUUGCUCUUUUUAAUCCUCCUCGUUGGUGUGGCAAUCCUCUCUUUGUAUUCGGUGCAUCUUCUCCUUAUGACAGCUAAAGAAGGAGGUUCCCUCAUCUAUGAGAAGCUGGGAGAGAGAGCAUUCGGUUGGCCUGGGAAAAUCGCAGCGUUUGGAUCCAUUAUCAUGCAGAAUAUUGGAGCCAUAUCCAGCUACCUCUUCAUCGUGAAGUACGAGCUGCCCCAAGUGAUCCGAGCCUUUCUGGGUUUGGAGGAAAUCACUGGUGAGUGGUACAUGAACGGGAACUACCUGGUGGUGAUCGUGUCGAUAGGAAUCAUCCUGCCUUUGUCUAUGCUGAAAAAUCUGGGCUACCUGGGCUACACCAGCGGCUUCUCCCUCGCCUGCAUGAUCUUCUUCCUGGGUGUGGUGAUUUACAAGAAGACCCAGCUGCCCUGCCCUCUUCCCUUCCUUCACCACCACUCGUCCAACCUCAGCGCCAACGCCUCGCACCUGGCGGGGCUGUACCCGCCGCUGAACGCCACGUCGCACAUGGAUUUCUCCCGCGCCGACGUCUCCCCGGCGGUGCUAGGCAGCCACGACGCUCACUCCUCCACCGGCGUCCACGUGGAGCCCCACCCCGACACCGAGGAGAUGUGCACGCCCAAGUACUUUGUCUUCAACUCCCAGACGGCGUACACGGUGCCCAUCCUGGCUUUCGCCUUUGUUUGCCACCCUGAGGUCCUGCCUAUCUACAGUGAGCUUAAAGAUCGCAGCCGGAAAAAGAUGCAGAACGUCUCCAACCUGUCAAUCCUUACUAUGCUCAUCAUGUACAUGCUGUCGGCCCUGUUUGGCUACCUCACUUUCUACGAAAACGUGGAGGCAGAGUUGCUCCACACCUUCACCAAGGUCUAUAAGUUUGACACCUUGUUGCUGCUGGUGCGUCUGGCUGUUCUCACUGCCGUCACUCUGACUGUCCCCAUUGUGUUGUUCCCCAUCCGCUCCUCCAUCACCACGUUGCUAUUCAGCGGGCGAGAGUUCAGCUGGAUUCGCCACAUGGUGAUCGCCGCCGGCAUCCUAACCCUCAACAACCUGUUGGUCAUCUUUGUCCCCACCAUCAGGGACAUCUUCGGCUUCAUUGGUUCUUCUGCAGCUACUAUGCUCAUCUUCAUCCUACCUGCUGCCUUUUACAUCCGGCUUGUAAAAUCAGUGCCGUUCCGCUCCCCGCAGAAGAUCGGAGCGACCGUCUUCCUUAUCGUAGGAGUCAUCUUCAUGAUCGGCAGCCUGUCACUUAUCGUCAUGGACUGGAUCCACAACCCCUCCGGCUCCAGCGGUGGUCACUAAGUCCCUUCUUCCCUCCUCAGAAUCCCAUUUAACAUUGCACCCGGUUCCCAUAGCCGCUUCAGCUGGUGCGACAACGGGGUUCAUCAGUGUUUCUCUUCCCUUCUUCAAAUCACAAACGUCAAUCAUAAAUAUAUACGGACAUGUGCUCCACCGGGGCUAAGACAUCUUCAGUUUACUCCCUCGGAGAAUAUGACUGGAGGGAGAACAUUUCGCUCGGUUUUAUUUUUUGUUGUUGUUAUUUUUAUUCUUUGAUUGCUGUUGCUGUAAAAGUUCUGGAUUGGAAAACUCAAACACGAGAAUCAAGACCCAGAGAGGACACGACUUUGGUUUAAUGCAAUGACAACAGCGGGAAAUCAUUGUCAUCUUCCUUAAUAUUUCCAGCUAUGAAGCGACGGAACAAACACACACUGUACAGCCCUCUCUUGAAGCAGAUCUGUGAACUGCGGAUUCAGCAAAGCUUGAAUGACAAUGCGAGUCCCUCUGUCCUCUGUGUACUUGAAGGAGACAAUCGGAGGAGGAGUGUGUCGUCCUCCAUGAAACAAGGAGCACUUCUAGCAUUACCGUUGACUUUGUUUUUAGACAACACACACACACACACACACACACACAUAAUAGGCCUGUUUAAAACACGUCUGCACCUUUAUUUUCAGCUCAUCUCAAAAUGGUAAAAAAAAAAAUCAUGAAAUGGGAUUAAAUCUUGCAAAAUGUUAUUCCGGAAAGUUGGUUAAGAAUCAGAAGCUUUGCCAGUCUCCACAUACUGUAGUCGUUAUGAUUAAUGCACUCUCGGUAUUACUGUAUCAGAGGGAUCUGAACAUUCAAGAGAGCAUGUGGAGCAUAAUUUAGUUUGUGUACUGAAAAAAUGGCUGUACAAAAUAUCACACGCCUCUUCUCCAUUCUGGCUUUAUGAACAGCAUUUCUGAUAUGUAGUAGAAAUACCUGCUACGCUACUCUAUUAAUUUGGUAUUUCUCAUGCAGUUAAGCCAUAUGUUAUUAUCUUUAGAACUGAUUUGCAAACAUUUGUAAAAAAAAAAAGAUAAUACGGUUCAAAAGUUAAAUAACUUCAACCUAACGUAGAAGAGCUUGAAGAUUGAAGGCUAUUGUAAAUUCAACAUGCAAAGAUUGUAGUGAAACAUUUUGAAUCGUGCCAUAGUGUCUCAAAGAAAACACUCACUCUCUCCAAAAGUGAGAACACGCCUCAUUUUUUAUAUUUUUGCCGUCAGUUUGAUGUUCGUAUUAUGAAGCGGGGUGCCAGCUACAUCUUCAGCAGACUGACAUGAGAAUGUCAAUUCUGCAGCAAUUGAAUUUCUUUCGUGCAAUCGAUGACACUCGUGAUGCAACAAGGCUAGCCUAAAUCGUGCAUUUCAAAGUGCAAUGUACUCAAUUUGUCACUAAUAUUUGAAAAGGAAUGAAAAUGUAAAUGUGUUUUUAAGCUAUCAAUACAUGGGUCACUUGUUUUGCUGACAAAUCCAAGCUUACACUAUUAAUCUUAGUGGACCGAUUGUCACAUAGUAACACCAUUUCAGUUUUUAUUUCAGUUAUUUUAAAACUGUUAGUUGUGAUUGAUU